CGUUUCAGGGUCGACAUUCGGGAUAUCCUGAGGUGACUGGGUUGGUGGUCUCGCCAUACUUGGGCCAUCAGGUCACCUCCCCUACACUCCACCCUCCAGAGGUGCACACAUUUUCUCUUCUUGUCGGAAACGGACAGACACUGGCUCGGUUUCCUGCUGUUCUCUCAUGAUACCCAUCAGUGCGACAUUACUCACUGCGCUCUUCGUUUAUCCUCUCUUCUCUUGCCCUCUUGCUACACCUAAUCUCUCCACACCCACAUUGAUUUUCUCACAUGCAUAUUUGUUGUCCACCUGCAAGCAGGAUGACCUGGUAUUCUUUGAUGAACACUGUGACUCAACUCGGACAGACCUUAUUCCACCGCUGCUCUGCUAUGCCCCCGCAGGUACAUUGUUAUCCACUCUUGCCUCCACCAUGCUUCUCCGAGGGUGUGUCAUAUUCCUAUCCCAUUUUCAUCGCAGGCGCCCUGAUAGACAGGCUCGCUUACUCUUUUGCUUUAUUUUCCCUUUCGGCUCUGCUCCUAUGCUUUCAUAAUCUGCCUCUAUUGUAUGUAUAAUAAAUCUUAAUGAAGCUUGGGAGACCUCCCAUCUUUUGCAUAAGCA